AUGGCACCCACCAUCAGAGAGAAACUCGUGGCAUUAGCAUACAAGUUCGCCGCAACCGUCAACGACGGCGACAUGGACGCAAGCAUGGCCAUUCGCACAGAGAACUGUCUUACGCACCAGUGCUGUCCAAGCCUUAACACCAAGCCCCUGACCAAUAACGAUAUCAGGGCAUACUUUGACGAAUGGACCAAAAUUGGCAUUAACUCUAAAUUUUCGAUCACGGACGAGAGAUUUAUGGUGGUCGAUGAUGUUGCAAAGAGGGUUUCAUUCCGCGCCGUAGGUAGCGCGGACACUAUCGGUGGUCCGUACGAGAAUGAUAUCCUAGUUAUUCUGCAAGCGACGGACGACUGCGCUCUCGUGGCCGAGAUCUGGGAGUAUUUCGACGCGAUAAUUAAAAAGGAACUUCUGGAUCGAUUGACAGCUGUGCAGGCGGCUAGUGGUUUGAAUCGUUACGCCGUCAGCACCGCCCCUGAAAAUCAUGGGGUGCCCUCAGCAAAGAUUGAACCAAAGGUUGCUGCGUAG